AUGAGUAACUCAGUGUUAGAAAUGAAUUUCAUUCGUUUACUAUACUGUACCGAAUGUCUAGCAGCACAGAAACAAUUAGGAACCACUUACAAGGACUACGUAAAAACUCUUGAAACAUUUUUUAAUACAUUGACUUCAUCAAAUCAUCGUUCUUCUCCAAAAAAUAUACGUAAAUAUGAAAUAAGACUAAAAAAGUUAAAGCAGACUUGCGAUACAGUAGAAAAUUCGAAUGUACAGUCUAUUCAUCAUCACCUAUCACGUAGUGAAAUAAUUGCAACUUCUAAAUUGAAUGAAACCUCUCCUGUUAAUCAUAAUGUCAAUAAGGAAAAUGUAAUUGCUCUUGAAAUAAAUAACUUAUCAUGUGAUAAAAACGAUACUAUGUGCUCCGAAAUAGACAAUCAAUCACUUAUUCAGGGCACAUUUACUGAUAGAUGUGAUUUGAUCGCAAAAGAACGCCAACAUAUAAAUAGACAAUUACGAGAGCAAUUAUUAGGUGGAAAUAAGUCCAGCGAUAAAAAAUCAUUAAAUCAUAGUCAAAAUGAUAAUCUAACUCAUUCCUCUGAACUUCUUUGUGAACAAGAAAUUCAACGUGAACAAUUAGCUUCAGAAAUGCUGCUAUUAGCAACAGAUUUGAAAAAUCAAUCUUCUGCAAUGAGUCAACGAAUCCGCCUGGAUUGUGAAACUGUUGAUGCUAGUAUUGGACAAGUUGAGAGAAAUACCGCAAAUCUUCAUGGUGUAUUAAAUGAAUUGUCAUUAGAGCUUGGUUCCAAAUGUGGUCGAAUUGUAUGGAUUCUAUUUUUUAUUGCGUUAGGUUUAUUUUUAUACAUGAUACUAUUUAUGAAAAUGUUUCGUAAACGAGUUAUUCAGUCAAAUUCUGUUUAUUUUUCUAAAACAGAGUUAUAA